AUGGGUGAAACUGAAGUACCAUUAAAACUUUUCGAGGAAUACAUCGAUGAAUUAAGAGAAGUCUUUACAGCAGAAAGAUAUCAUUUACUGGAGAAUAACUGUAACACGUUUACAAAUAAAGUUUGUCAAUUCCUAACCGGAAAGUCUAUCCCUGAUUACAUUAUUGAUUUACCGGCUAAUUUUUUGAGUACACCUUUGGGGCAACAAUUUCGUCCGAUGUUAGAAUCAAUGUAUGGUCCAA